AUGAAUUUUAAAAUAGAAGCUGAGAAUACUUUAAAUGAUGAUGAAAAUGCAUAUACAUGUUUUAAUUGCAAUAAUAAAACUUCUAAACAUAGGGAAAUUCAAUUCUUACUUGAACAUUUAAGCCUUCAAAAUGAUGCAUUUUCAUCAUCAAAUAAGCAGUUAAUGAUCAUAUAUAAACAGUUACAGAUACAAAUGAAUUAUUUGAUGAAUUUGAUAGGGAUCAUUUCAUAUAUUACAACAGAACCUUUCAAUAACUCAGAUCCUUACCCCUAUUUCAAAGAAAUACUCCCAACAAUAUCUACUACUUACUCUACUAAGAGUUGUGAAUCAAAUAUAGAUCUUGAACAUUAUAACUACAAUUAUAAAGAACUUUUAAAUAAUUGUAAAUUAUUGUGGUUUCAGACAUUUUAUAAUAUACUGGAAUUUUAUUUAGAAAAAGAGGAAUGUAUUUGUAAUAAAUUUAGAGCAAGUUUAAUACAAGAUGAAAUAAAACCUUUAUAUUUUGAAUUAAAUAUCAAAGUAGAAUCUUGUGAAGAAGUCAAUUCUGAUUUUGUUAUUAAUUUAAUCCAUAAUGAGAUCAUAAAAACUGCAGAUACUAUACAAAAUUCUAAUUAUAUUAAGGAGAUUCUUAGAAAUAUCCUUAAUUUUUUCUGUGAAGAUGAAAUUACACUUUGUAAUGUAAUUUUAUAUUCAGAUAAUAAUAAUAUUGUAAAGUACACAAAUCAUUAUUUUCAAAAUAAAGUUGAAUCACAGUCAGCCUUUAUAUUUGGAAUAUGUAAAAAAAAUAUGAUUUAUGGGAAUUCUUUGACUGAUUUUAAUCAUUCGAGAUAUAUAGAAUUCUCGAAAUCUAUUAUAUAUAAUAAAACAAAUCAAAGGUUUUUAAUUUGUAAUAAAUCCAAGGAGUUAUGUUGGUCAGAUAGAGUUAAUGAUAUAAAUCAACACCUAAUUGAAGAUUUUUUCUUUUUAUUUGCAUUGGAGAAUAGUAACAUAAAACUUUAUAAUUCAAUAAUAUUAUGCUUUAAUAGUAUAUUGUCAAGAUUAAUUAGUGGUUAUUUAGAAUUAUCAAAUGACUCUGAAAACUUUGAUAGAUCUAGUAUAUUUGAGUUUAAUAAUAUGAAAAUACCAUCCCCAUGUUCUAAAUUUCUAAAUAAAUUUAUAUCUAUUUUAAAUACAAUUUACCCAAUAAAUAACUACAAAUCCUAUUAUAAUCAAUACAAAAGAAAAUCUUCAUUUGAUAAUAAUACAGAAUAUAACUCAGAAAUUUUUCUUAAGAAUAUUGACACUUUUAAUAAUGAUAAAGAAAAGUAUCAAAAUGAAAUAUUAAAAAGACAAGAGACACUUAGUGAUUGUGACAUUGAUAAUAUGACAACUGUUUCAGAUUUUAUCUCUAGUUACAGUGCAGCUGAAGAUAAUAUUGAUUCUACAUAUACUUUUUUACUAGAAGACUUUUUCUUAAACAAUAAAUAUUCAGAAUUCCCAAAUAGUGAGUGGAUAAUUUUAGAUUAA